UUGAUUUUUAUUGAGUCAUAAAAUUUUUACAAAUGAACGGUGCUGAAUUUUAGACACAAAUUCGAGGUGAAAAGUGCAAUUUUUCAGAUUAAAAAAACCUGCAAAGAGCUUUAUAUAUACAAAAACUAAGUAGAAUAAGGAUAAUUGUUAUAAGAUGUUAAUAAAUCGUGUCCACAAGUCAUACAUGUGCAAAAUUUGUAACAAAUCAACAGGAAUCAAAAUCUGUAAAUGUCAGCGAGCAUUCUACUGUUCUAAAAAUUGCCAGAAAGUUGAUUGGAAUGCACAUAGAACAGAUUGUUGUUUUAAACUCGUUGAUUAUCAUUCAACACAGAAGACUUCAGGAGAGUCUCUAAAUUGUGAUUCACAUACAAUAGAUUUUAACAGUACAGAACCAAAUAAUGUUAUUGCGAAUAAUAACAAUAAUGAUAUAUUUUUGCAACAAAAUAAUGGUUCAGAUAUCAUACAUGUAAAGCAUCCACUUACACUAAUGCAAGAAGGCAAGGAAUUAAAUUUAAGAACGUUAGAGCGAGGAGGACGGGAAUAUGAUCCAACACCACUACAAUAUCAACAACCGCAUGCUACAACAUAUACAGAUGAAAGUACAACGACAUCCAUAAACUCACCACAGUCAUACACUUCCAAUAACACCGUGGUAGAUGAUUUUGAAGAAAAUUUGUUCAAUUCACUGAUGUAUUCGGUCGUGGACGAAAGUACUGAGCAAGAGAUACUGAAAAAUUUAAACAUACGUACAGACGAUUUAUUGGCAACAUAUACACUGGAUAACGAUAUUACUUCUUCAUUAACUUCUCAAACCUUUAAAGAAUACGUGCCAAAUUCACAAUCAGAGGAACAAUUACUUAGUGAUAAAAUAUUUGAUCAAAUUCAGAGUCAAGAAAGUUUCGAAUUUAGACCAGAAACUCAACAGUUAUUACGCGAAACAAAGGAAAAUUUAGAAAAGGAACUUUCACUAUUUCGUGAGAAUCAAUUUCAUGAGACACAACAGAUCGUCUCUGAGACAUCGUCAAUUGACAAAAUGCAACUAGGUUCAACGAAUCAAAAGCAUGUUAAUCAUGCGACUACUCCGGAUUAUAAUCUUAUGAGGAGUCCCGAAGAGCAAUUGGCAUUGGAGGAGAUGUGCUGUCAUUUAAUACGUGAUUUAGACGAGUAUGGAGUUUGCGUGUUGGACAAUUUUAUGGGAGAACUAAAGGGAAUGAAAGUGCUUGGGGAAGUCAAAACAAUGUACUCAGCGGGAUUAUUUAAGGAUGGACAAGUAGUCACAACAAAAAAUAAAUUUGAUCAUAGACAUAUUCGUAGCGAUAGAAUAAUGUGGAUCGAUGGAAAGGAACAAGGCCUUAUAAAUAUCAAAAGUUUAAUAAAUCAGGUUGACACUGUGAUAACAUUAGCAAAUCGAAUGAGAAACAAUGGAAAGCUGGGACAAUACAACAUACGUGAGAGAACGAAGGCAAUGGUCGCAUGUUACGAAGGAAAAGGUUCACAUUACGUGAAGCAUAUAGACAAUCCAAAUAAAGACGGACGAUGCAUAACAUGUAUUUAUUAUCUCAAUGUUAAUUGGGAUGUCCACGAGGAUGGUGGUCUAUUAAGAAUUUUUCCCGACGGAUGGGUCGAUCGUGUUGCUGAUAUUGAGCCUAUAUUUGAUAGAAUAACAUUUUUCUGGUCAGAUAGGCGGAAUCCGCAUGAAGUACAACCUUCACAUAGACGAAGAUAUGCAGUAACACUAUGGUAUUUUGAUGCGCACGAACGUGAGCAAGCCGUUAGGAGAUAUCAAAAAGAACGUGAAAAAAUGCUGAAAGCGGCGGCAUGAGUUUAAAACAUAGAUGUGUCAAUGAAGAUGAAUUUCAAUUUUUUUGAAAUGAUCGGCUUAAUCUCAUAUAAUUAGUUAAUUGGUCAUGCUAAGUGAUGGAUGUGAAGAUUAAUAGAAUUAUUGAAAGGAAUUCCAAAUGAGUGGAAAACGGACUGUUUAAUUAACUCGAAAAAAUAUGGUGGAGUUGUUCUUUAGUGAUGUGUAUUGGAGAUUUGGAUAAACCUUAAUUUCUCAAAACAUGAAUGUGGGUCGAGAGACUAAAAGACUAGGUAGAGUGCAAGUUAAAAUUUAUUACAUCUCAAAUGACACAAAGGCUCUAUAUUUUGGUGGUAUAAUUAAAUUUGGAAGCCAUAUGGAUGUCUUAGUCAAAAUGUGUCACUCGGUAAUUAUCCAUAAUGUCGAUGGAGUAAUCUAGACUCUAUAAACCUUUCCUUAAACCACGUCUCUUCCCAAGACCCUCUCAAAAUACAAAACAUCACAAAUGAAACGACUUCCCAUAGCCAUUUUUUGUCUUAUUGGCUUUAAUUCUUAUAAGAAUAAUAUUUAUGUAGCAUAAUUUAACUUAAUUAAUUUCCACAUGCAACAAAUAUCAAAUAAAUAAUUCAAUUUAAUUGAAUGAGCAGAGAAAUUAUUGUGAAAUGUUACAAAGAAUAUACAAAGUCAUACUGAUAAAUGAUGAUUACCUGUUUAAGUCACUCAAAGUGAUACAAAUUAUUUGUUUAAUAUUAAUAUUAUAUUGUCCAAAAAAGAAAUAGAUUUAAUUAAAAUCUAUAAAAAAGUUUUAUGUGCAAAAUUUGAGUGUAUGUUAAUUUUAACUGAAUGAC